GCUGGAAAAAUGACAGUGUCCAGGAAGUUAAAGCUUCUUCUCUGGAAAAAUUUUAUAUUAAAGAAGCGGAAGACUUUCAUAACAGUCCUUGAAAUCUUGAUGCCAUUACUCUUUUCUGCACUUGUGUUGUAUCUACGUUUCAGCAGUAUACCAAAAACAAAACCUCCUACUAGCUACCACCCAAUUGAUGUCAGUUCACUGCCAGAAUUCUUCUAUAACUAUCCAUUGAAAACUAAAUUUCAACUAGUUUAUAUUCCUUCCAGAAGUGAAACUUUGAAAGCUCUCACUGAAAUAGUGGAACAAACCUUUGAUGUUGAGUUCGAAGUUCUAGGAUUUUCUUCAGAGUCCUUGUUUGAAAGUUAUAUACUUAAGGAUCCCAAAGCUUUCUACACAUUGGUGGGAAUUGUUUUUGGCCAUAAUUUCAGUGACAGCAAUGAACCUUUGCCACUUUCGGUUGAAUACAGCUUGCGCUUUAGUUACAUUCAGAGGAACCUUUUAUCUUUGAAGCAUGUGUAUUUUCAAGCUGACUUAGAAGGCUGGUGCACAUCCUUUCUUUAUCCUCCUAACCCAAGCCAAGAACCCCGGGAAAUUGUAUAUGCUGAUGGAGGAACUCCUGGCUACCAUAAAGAAGGCUUCUUGGCCAUUCAGCAUGCUGUGGAUAAAGCCAUCAUGUGGCACCAUGCUCACAAUGCAACGGUCAACUUGUUUGAGAGUCUCAGUGUACUAUUGCAGAGGUUCCCAUAUGGACCUCAUGUCCAGGACAAGUUCUUCAUGGUGCUUCAGAAUGAGUUCCCUCUGCUCCUCAUUCUUAGCUUCAUUUGCAUCGAGCUCAUUAUCAUUAAUUCCAUUACACUGGAAAAGGAGAGAAAACUUAAGGACUAUAUGUGUAUGAUGGGAUUGGACAGCUGGCUACACUGGGUUGCUUGGUUCAUCAUGUUCUUUAUUUCUGUCCUCAUUGCUGUUUCUGUUAUGACCGUUCUCUUCUGCACAGAGAUGAACAACAUGGCUGUGUUCAAGAACAGCGACCCUAGUUUGAUAUUUGUUUUUCUAACAUGUUUUGCCAUUGCCACAAUUUUCUUCGCAUUCAUGAUAAGCACGUUCUUUGAAAAAGCCCACGUUGGAACUGCUAUAGGAGGAAUCAUCUUCUUCUUUACCUACCUCCCCUACCUGUACCUCACUUUUAGCUACCAUCAGAGGAGCUAUGGCCAGAAGAUCAGCUUUUGUCUCUUCUCAAAUGUUGCCAUGGCAAUGGGAAUCCGAUUCAUCUCUAUGUUUGAGGCAGAAGGCACAGGUAUACAGUGGUGGAACAUAGGCAGUAUCACGGGAGAGUUCAGCUUCACUCAAGUGCUGCUGAUGCUACUCUUGGACUCACUCUUGUACUGUCUGAUAGCCUGGUACAUGGAGAACAUUUUCCCAGGGAACUUUCAGACCCCCAAGUCCUGGUACUUCUUUGCUUUGCCCUCCUACUGGCUUGGGAACCAUAUUCCAGUGACAAGGCCACUGCUGCACAUGGAAGAUUCUGAGAAAACUAGGGGAAGUCAGUUCAUGCAGGAAGAGCCAACUGAUCUGAUAAGAGGGAUUGAAAUCCAUCAUCUGUACAAGGUGUUUCACAGAGGAAGGAAUAAAUACAUAGCAGUCAGAGAUCUGAACAUGAAUCUGUACAGGGGGCAGAUCACCGUGUUGCUGGGACACAACGGAGCUGGAAAAUCCACUACCUGCUCCAUGCUCACAGGCCUUACUGUCCCUUCAAGUGGACAAGCAUAUAUCAAUGGAUAUGACAUUUCAACCGACAUGGUUCAAAUUCGGAAGAGCAUGGGCUGGUGUCCCCAGAAAGAUAUCUUAUUUGAAAACUUUACAGUAGCAGAACAGCUUUCUUUCUAUGCUCAGCUGAAAGGCCUGUCACCUAAGAGGUGUUCUGAAGAAGUGAAGCACAUGCUAUACACUCUCAGUAUGGAGGACAAGCGGAGUUCUCCAUGCAAGUACCUGAGUGGAGGAAUGAAGCGCAAGCUCUCCAUCGGCAUUGCCCUCAUAGCGGGUUCCAAGUUGUUGAUUCUGGACGAGCCCACCUCGGGCAUGGACGCCAUCUCCAGGAGGGCCAUCUGGGACCUUCUUCAGCAGCAGAAGAGUGACCGCACCAUCCUGCUGACCACACACUUCAUGGACGAGGCUGACCUGCUGGGGGACCGCAUCGCCAUCAUGGCAGAUGGGGAGCUGCAGUGCUGUGGGUCGUCUCUGUUCCUCAAGCAGAAAUAUGGUGCAGGCUACUAUAUGACUUUACUGAAAACACCUUUCUGUGACACACAGAAGCUCUGUCGUCUUAUCUAUCAUCACAUACCAAAUGCAGUUUUGGAGUCUGAUGUUGCAGAAGAAUUAAUAUUUAUACUUCCUAAAGAGAGCACACACAGGUUUGAAUCUCUAUUUGCUGACCUGGAACUGAACCAGUCAGAGCUGGCAAUCUCCAGCUUUGCAGCCUCUGUCACCACCAUGGAGGAAGUGUUCAUUAGGGUUUCUAUGUUGGCAAGCUGUAGUUCACGUAGCCUAACUAAGAAGCAACAUACUGUCCAACCUUACCCUCUCGUUAACAGAGUUCCUAUUGACAGAAUUAAACAUCUUCAUUCAAGGAUCUUCUCAAUAGAGUCUGGCCUGCCAAUCAAACUAAACACUGGUUUCAGUCUUCUCUGCCAACAAUUUUAUGCCAUGCUCCUGAAGAGGGUUACAUAUUCUUGGCGGAAUUGGAUGGUGAUGUUAUCUAUACAGAUCCUGGUGCCUCUGGUGAUCAUUGUAUUAACCCUCAUGUUCUUCAGCUUCCAAACAAAGAGCCUGGAGAGUGUUCCCUUGAAGUUGACUCUAAAAACAUAUGGUCGGACUAUUGUUCCAUUCUUUGUCUCUCAGAACUUCACCCUGGAUACUCAGCUUUCAAAUCACUUUGCAGAUAUGCUUGAGGCUGAGGGGCAGAUUCCUCUGCAGAUCCCAGAACCUAUAGAGGAGUUCCUGUUAAGAAAGGCAAAAGAGGAGCCCGAAAACUUCGACAGGCUUUAUGUGGUGGCAGCUUCCUUUGAAGUCAAAGACAAUGCCACCAUAGUUACUGCACUGUUCAAUAACCAAGCAUACCACUCCCCUGCCGUGGCUCUGGCUCUGGUGGACAAUCUGCUCUUCAGGUUGCUUUCUGGCGCUAGUGCUUCCAUUACCACAUCCAACUACCCUCAACCUCAGACGGAGGAGGAGCUCUCCGAAAGCCUCCUGUACCAGGGCGCUAAAGGAUAUUAUCUUAUUAUCAACUUGCUUUUUGGGAUAGCUUUUCUGUCUAGCUCUUUUUCCAUCUUGACAGUCAGAGAGAGACGCAUGAAGUCCAAACAGCUGCAGUUUGUGAGCGGUGUCUGCAUAACUGCUUUCUGGUUCUCUGCUCUGCUGUGGGACCUCAUCUCCUCCCUUAUCCCCACUCUACUGUUACUGGUGGUGUUUUUAUACUACAACGAAGAGGCUCUCACCCAGCAUGGGAACGCCCCAGCUGUGGUCUUGAUGCUGAUGCUCUACGCCUGGGCCAUCAUCCCCUUCGUCUACAUGAUCAGCUUCUCCUUUGACAAUGCUGGUAAUGCUUGCGUUAAACUUGUCAUAAUACUGACCUUUCUGAGCAUUGGCCCCACAGUGCUAGUCUUAGCCACCAGUGAACAAGGUCUGGGCUACACAGAAAUCUCUCAGUCCUUGGAUCAUGUAUUCCUAAUAUUUCCAGGGCACUGCCUAGGGAUGGCCUUUUCCAAUUUGUAUUACAACUUCGAACUAAAAAAAUUUUGCAGUGCCAAGAACCUAAGUGAUAUUGAGUGCAAUGAAGUUUCAGAAGGAUAUGUGGCACAAAAAAACAUCUAUGCCUGGGAGUCCCUCGGGACGGGAAAGUACUUGACAGCCCUGGCCAUCUUAGGACCUUUGCACAUUAUCCUGCUUUUCCUUGUUGAAACCAAUGUCUUCACGAAACUGAAAGCCAAGCUUUAUGACUUUUGCAGGAAGAAAGAUUUGGCAAUGGACCUCAAAGCAGAGUCUGAAUACCAAGAUGUAGAAGAAGAGGUGGAAGUCAUCAAGAAUUAUUUGGAAACAUUAUGCAAGACAAAUCCACUAGUUGUUAAAGAAGUGUCAAAGGUCUAUGAUGUAAAGGUUCCCCUGCUAGCUGUGAACAAAGUAUCCUUUACCGUUCAAGCUAAAGAAUGCUUUGGCCUUGUUGGCCUCAACGGAGCUGGAAAGACUUCCAUUUUCAAAAUUCUGACAGGACAGAUGCCCGCCACUUCUGGGGAUGCCUUUGUCAGGAGCCUCAACAUCAGCUCUGAACUAGGGAAGGUGCGGCAGUUGAUUGGUUACUGUCCUCAGUUUGAUGCCCUGCCAAACUUCAUGACAGGCCGAGAGACACUGGUUAUGUAUGCCCGGAUCCGAGGCAUCCCGGAAAGCCACAUCAAUAUCUGUGUGAACCAAAUUAUUGAUGACUUCAUCAUGCUGAUGUAUGCAGACAAGCUGAUAAAGACUUACAGCGGUGGCAACAAGCGAAAGCUGAGCAUUGGCAUCGCCCUCAUUGGAGAGCCUGCAGUCAUCUUCCUGGAUGAGCCGUCCACUGGCAUGGACCCACUGGCCAGACGCUUGCUGUGGGACACAGUGGCCCGGGCCCGGGAAUCUGGCAAGGCCAUUGUCAUCACCUCCCACAGCAUGGAGGAGUGUGAGGCGCUGUGCACCCGGCUGGCCAUCAUGGUGCAGGGCCAGUUCAAGUGUCUGGGCAGCCCACAGUACCUCAAGAACAAGUUUGGCAGCGGCUACUCCCUGCAGGCCAAGGUCCACAGCGAAGGGCAGCAGGAGGCUCUGGAGGAGUUCAAGGCGUUCGUGGACCUGACCUUCCCAGGCAGCGUCCUGGAAGAUGAGCACAAGGGCUUGGUCUGUUACCACUUACCUGGACACAACCUUUGCUGGUCAAAGGUGUUUGGGAGUCUGGAGAAAGCCAAGAGAAAGUACAAGUUGGAAGACUACUCCAUCAAUCAGGUCUCCCUGGAGGAUGUCUUCCUGAGUUUUACCAACCCUAUACAACCCACUCAAAGAAAAGACCAAGCGCAAGCAGACUCCUCCCUCUCACUGAGCCUGGAGGAGGGGGCCGGCCUGAGCUGUGCAGGGAAGAGUCGCACCUCCCAUGGACCAAGUUCUUCUAGUGGGGACCCCUGGGGCUCUCCUGCUCCCUGGGUUCCUCCUGCUGCAGCCUGCCGGGACCUGGACACCCAGCACCCACCUGUGUUCCCAGCACAGGCCAGGUACCCCGGGGGUUCAGAGAACACAGAGGAUGGGGGUGAGGGGACUAAGGCUGGCCACAUCGCGAAGAAGGGGGAGCCCGGGCUCAGCUCCCCUGCCGUCCCCAAAGACUGUCUCUUCCUUGGGCGGCGAGGACAGCGAGUGUGCCGGGCGGGAGGCGUUCCGCGGGAGCCCACGGAGACAGGCCCGGGCCUUCGUGCCAACGCCCGGCGUCUCGACACAGGGCCCGGUUCCCGGAAGCCGGCGGCAGGGCGGCAGGGCCCGGCCGGAGGCGGCCCGUCAGCCGUCCUCAGACGGGAGCUCGCCCGCGCUGGCUCGGAGGACCCGAAGCCCGGCACCGGUUUCACAGACAGCCCGCCGGCGCCAGCAGCGACCGAGCGGUACCGGGACCGACCCGGGCGGCCCGAGGCCGCGCUGGCCUAG